UGUCUGCAGAACAUGCUGUGAAGGACCGACUGGACAUCUUUCAACAUGAAGGGACUUUGCUAGCGUGUUAGAAGCAUAUGAAUCACUUUAGACCCCCCAUCUCCUGAUGGACCACUAGAAGCUCCCAGUGGACCAUCAGGAGUCAAGGGCGUAUAUGAGGGCUGGCUGGACUUUAGUGCAUUUUAACUUGCUGCUCUUCUUCAUCAUCAUCUUCUUCAACAGACAACAUCUUCACGGAGCAAAGAGACCCAACAAGCUGGAGUCAAUGUUUGCUGCUUUGCUUUUCAUUUCCUUCUGGAGUCCCUGAAGAUGCAUGAGCAGAACCACACUGCAUCCUGACAGAACAUCUGCUGGUCCGGUUCUCAUGAGGAGACGAUUGAAUUCACAUUUUGGAGAAUUAUUUCUUUUACGUAUCGGCUCAGUGGCCCAGGCCAUCGAACUGGUCCUGACGUGUUUAUGUGACGGUUCUGUUUGGAGAGCCACACAAACUGCCUCUUCAGAACCAUCAGUCCCCAUCAUCCUGCUGGCAAGCAGCAAAAAGAAGUCAGAGCUCCAAUGCGGUUGCAUUUCUGGUUCCCUUCAGGUUGGGUCGAAAUGGCUCUGCACGUCCUGUCGGGCCUGCUGGUUCUACUGAACGUGUGCUCUGCCCGGCCGCCACCAGCGAUGAAGAUGGAGGAAGAUUGGCACGUGUCGGGCUCACUGGCCGCCAGGGCGACACUGCCGUGCCGCUUCUCCAUCACGCCCACAACGACCCCACCCACCGAGGUGCCGCUGAGGGUCAAGUGGACCCGUAUGGAGGCAGGGGAGGAGAGUGUGGUUCUGGUGGCCCAGGGGGGCAUGAUCAAGGUGGGUCAGGACUACGAGGGCCGGGUGUCGCUGCCCCCUCGCACGCUGGAGCUGGGCCACGCCUCUCUGGACCUUGCCGGGCUCAGGGCGAGCGACACGGGCCGGUACCGCUGCGAGGUCAUGUAUGGCAUGGAGGACCGCCACAGCAGCACCAGCCUGCACGUCACCGGCGUGGUGUUCCACUACCGGGCCAACACCAGCCGCUACGCCUUGGACUUCCCUGCAGCGGCGGAGGCGUGCCGCUCCGUCGGCGCGGCCAUGGCGACCUCCGAGCAGCUGGCAGCGGCCUUCCACGAUGGUUUGGACCACUGUGACGCCGGCUGGCUCGCGGACCAGACGGUCAGAUAUCCAAUCACGCAUCCUCGUCCAGGAUGUGACGGUGACCUAAAGAGUCGACCUGGAGUGAGAACUUACGGCAUCAGAUCACCUUCAGAGAAAUAUGACGUCUUUUGCUACAUAGACAAACUAGACGGUGAGGUCUUCUACCCCCCGUCCCUGAGCGACAAGUUAACCCUGCAGGAGGCCGCAGUGGAGUGCCAGAAGCACGAUGCCGUGUUGGCAUCGCCCGGCCAGCUCUUUGCCGCCUGGGGGGCGGGGCUAAACCGCUGCGACUAUGGCUGGCUGUCCGACGGGAGCGUCCGCUACCCCGUCAACAUCCCCCGCCCUCAGUGCGGGGGGGGCUUACUGGGGGUCCGAACGCUGUACAAGUACGAUAACCAGACGGGAUUCCCCGACCCCACAGACAAACACGGAGCCUACUGCUUCCAAGCCAAGCUGGCAGAAACAACUGUGACCCCCUACCCUCCAACGUCAGCAGACCCUCAGAGAGGAGCGGUCACUCGUUCAACAGUUCACCUCGACUCCGCCCCCUCAGAGACCACAGUAUCCCUGCUGUCACAUGAUGAUAAAGACGUUCUUGGAACUGGGCAGACUGGGCUGGAGUCGGUACCGGUCAUAGAGGCCGUCUUGUUUCCCACCACACUGCCCCCGCCUGUCGACGUCCCCCUGGGGGGGUCCGGGCGGUGGGAGAGCAGCAGUGAUGACGCUUCUAGCGGCGCCGACCUGGAAGCGGCGCCAACCCCCACUUACGUGUGGGAGCGGACCACCCCUACACGCGCUUGGCUAGACGAGACCCCCCCGGGCUCUCAGAGUCAAAUGCUGCCUCUUCCUGAACGGACCCCCACGGCUCCGCCUGGAGAGGUGGAGCCACAACAGCCUGCCCUGGUUUUUAAAGUGGACACGCCCCCGCUGACCUUUGACCAAUCAUCACUGGCACUUCCUGAUGAGGGGGGCUCAUCAGCCAAGCCCCCCUUCCACGUCAUCAUCGUCAACGUGCACGACCGAAACCAAUCAGUCGAUCGCAUCCUGCAGCUCCUGAACUCGCCUGUGGAGGGCGCCCACGGCGCCGCUUUCCCCCAAAUCACGGACCUCUCGCAGGUCGACCCCCUGGAGCCGUCGCUCAUCAGUCUGCCCCCUGCCGUCAGCUUCAUCGACGGGAGGCACAAAGUGACCUUUGACAGCAGGCUGCCCGAGGAGGCGCGGGGGGAUCAGUUUGAGACCGCCUCCCCCAUCACGGUGGAGGAGAGCGUGUCACCGUUUGACUACUCCGCCCCGGAUGGCCAAACAGAGGAGGAUCACAUGACCCAGGAGGGUGGUGACAUUUCUUCCUUCCCGACCAAAACACCCCCAAGGACCACCGUCCUGCCCCCCACCUUGUCUUUGGACAACACGGAGGGCUCGGCGGAUGACGCCCUCCCGCCUGCCACCGUCAGCCUGUCACACGUCAGGACAGACGAGGCAGAAAUCGGAGAGACGGAGAGUCCGGCUUUUGUCCCGGAAGAGGGGGGGUCGGGUCAGGACGCUGAGAUGGAAGAGAUGCCCACCAGCACGCCAGCCCCCAGUCGGUUUGUGGAGGUCCCAGUGGAGUCCCCGGCUGUGGAUGGGGUCAAAGAGGGGGUCUCGAGUAGGGAGCAGCUGUCAGGGGAGGGGGAGGUUCCAGGAGAGCGGGGUGGUCUAAUUCCUGGAGAGGUGAUGGCUUUACCAACCACUGCAGCUGAGAGAGGAACCACUCUGGACCAAGACCAAGCAACAGACACCCGCCCCCCACCUGGCGUCAAACACCCUCCAUUUACCACUCAGAGGGGCCCCCGCCCCCCUCACCCCGCCAAACUUGGCUAUAAUGAGACCACCUCGUUGUUUACGGGCUUUCCACGUUCCACCCCUCCCCCCUCGCUCUCUGACAACACCCGCUCCGUCCCGCAGUGGGCGCUGACCCCCGACCCGGUCGCCACCCCCCUCCCGCCAGAGGACUUUGUGGACUACGACAAAGUGAUUGCCCCCCAGCUGGUGGAGUCGCUGCCCCCCAGGCCCGAGGAGACCCCAAAGCAUCCUGACAAUGUCACGGCUGGCAUUCCUAAGAUGACGAUGUCAUCAUGUCACGUGAUCGCAGGCACACAGCCAUGUUCUUCCAGCGUGUGCCGUCAUGGUGGCUCGUGCUACCAGCGAGGCUCGCAGAACGUUUGCAUGUGUCCACCUGGGUACACCGGGGGGCGCUGUGAAACAGACGUGGACGAGUGCCAGUCCAACCCGUGUGUGAAUGGCGCCACCUGCGUGGACGAGGUCAACGCCUUCUCCUGCCUCUGCCUGCCCAGCUACGCAGGACAGCUGUGCCAGCAAGACACUGAGGUGUGUGGUUCAGGCUGGCACAAGUUCCAGUCUCACUGUUACAAACACUUCACGCACCGUCGCACCUGGGACGCCGCCGAGAGAGAGUGUCGACUGCACGGUGCCCACCUGGUCAGCAUCCUGUCCCAUGAGGAGCAGCUCUUUGUCAAUCGUCUGGGCAGCGACUACCAGUGGAUCGGCCUCAACGACAAGAUGUUUGAGAGAGACUUCCGCUGGACAGACGGCAAGGCCAUGCAAUACGAUCACUGGCGUCCCAACCAGCCCGAUAGCUUCUUCCAGUCCGGCGAGGACUGCGUGGUCCUCAUCUGGCAUGACGGCGGCCAGUGGAACGACGUGCCCUGCAACUACCACCUGUCCUUCACCUGCAAGAAGGGAACAGUGUCGUGCGGCCCCCCGCCUGCCGUGAAGGACGCACGCGCUUUCGGCGCGGCGAAGCCUCGCUACGAGGUCAACUCGCUGAUGCGCUACCACUGCAGGGCGGGCUACAUGCAGAGACACGCCCCCACCAUCCGCUGCCGCCCCAACGGCCAAUGGGACGCCCCCAAAGUGAUGUGCAUGAACCCUGCGACCUUCCACAGGUGGCUUCCCCUGCACCGCCGCACCAGUGAGGUUCGCUACGACCUCCACGCCCGCCACGCCACACGUCACCAUAGCGACCUGCGUCAGAGCUACGACGGCUCGCAGAGCUCCUGGAAUCCUCUGCCAGGCCGCUUCCAGAGGGACAAACGUCACGGGACACACUGACGUUGCUGCCGAGGUGCCAGUCAAGGGCGACGCUGAGCCUGAACUGAACAGUCAUGUGACUUUAGCUCCAUCAAACACAUGAACGCAACACGCCACUGUGGCCGCUCUGAGAGCCCCCCCCCCAACUGGGUUGUGGGCUGUUUUUUGGUAUUUUGGUACUCUUGCUGCGACCAAAACUGCUGCCAGUCACCCGCGCUCGGGACGUCCCGCUGGGCUCAUCGCCAUGGAGACAACUGACUCUUCACUUUUUUCCUCUCAGUUGGUGCUGCUGGUUUGGACUUUAUAUGAUAGAAAGCCUUAAGAAUUUAACUUAUUCUACUGUGAUAUGAAAUAAUAAUUAUGAUAAUUUAGCUGCUUUCUUCCCAGCACAAGCUGGAAUUCUUGGAAUAUUUGGGAAUGUGACGUCUUUGACCAAAUAUCCACACGCUUAAAAGUGAUGAAUAAAUAGUUUAAAGUA